AUGGCUCCCUUUGACGUAGCCCGGCUACGAGCGCAAGCAGAAGGGUCGGUCAGUCAGCUCAGAGAGAAGAUAAAUACAGUCAAGCCGGCGCCCGGUGCUCCAGUGCCUGCUCAGCAGCCCGCUUACACCUUCAACCGCGGACGAGUGCCGCCAGCGCCUGACGUGACUCGCGAACAGCCUCGGGUAGGCUCGAGCAAGCUCACGCGCCUUUCUGCUCAAGAUAAGGCAGCCUUCUUUGGGCUACUUGACGAUUUCUUCGGCGGGCAGCGGGCAGCUUUGCCUGCGAAAGCUGCUCUUCCAAACGACCCCCUCCCCGUCUCAAGCUUUGCACCUGGCACGGACCUCACAUCGUCGAGCUACCCGCCACCACCAUCUGAUGGAUGGUGCUGCCAUGCGGCAGCGUAUGCCUCCUUCUUCAGGGCCAAAGAAGCUUGGUCUUCGGCUUGGUACGAUCACUCACCUGUGGAGCCGCCGCCGCUUCAUGGCCGUACAGACGUCACCCAUGCGUCAACGGGCUCUACGCAGACCUUUGGGUUUCCGGGCAGUAUGACAGAACGCAAGACGUGGACCCAAACCGUUCUCUUUCUCGAUCUAAGUGUGGCCAGAGCGACAGUCCAAUGGGAUCGAGGUCGACCCGUCAAUUCUGAGAUCGCCCGCUCAUGCGACUGGCGGCCGGCUCCAUCUCCCUUGGAUGGUGGUACGCUCUACGCUGCCCACAUACAGUACGGCAACGCGAUUGCCUGUUUUGCCGAGCGACACGAAGGCGUCCAGUCUGUCGGCAAUGGCGAAUGCUGGACUCUUGCCGCAGAGGCCCUUAAGGAAGCAUCGAGUCUGUCGCAAUCGCAGCUCGGUCCGCCCAUUUUGGAUUGUAUCGGCAAGACCCACGGCCAUCUGCUCUACACUGCCAAGGCUGGCCGGCUAGGUCAAUGGCGCGGUGGCGACAACGCGCUCCGUCGGGGAGAUGUUGUUCAAUGGCUCACUGCAAUCAUCACCCAUUCCAGCUCGGCAAGCAUGUCAACGGCUCGACUGGGCGAUCCAGAUCACACCGCCAUCCUCGUUGCUGAUUCGCCGCCGCGCGAGCCAGUAGAGCACGGCUCGAUGAUGAGCACCGCUAGUCUUGGCAGCAUUACCGUCAUCGAGCAAAGCAGAGGUCAUUUGCCCUCUCGAGCGACGUACGACCUCGCCAAUCUGUCGCAAGGCGAAAUAUGGCUGUAUCGACCUAUCAUGGUAUCGUAUGUCGGGCUGCCAGGUGUCAUCAAUCCGCUGGAUCUGGUCCAGGGCACCCUGAGCGCGGAGCAAGUCUAUUAG